AUGAAAGCCGUCGCAUUACGUCGCUCGCCGAUGUCGCCAUUCCUCCUGGUCGCCGCCGUCGCGCUCCUUGCGACGUCGCUCGCUCAGACCGUCACCGACGCAGCGAGCGACAGGUGCGCGCGCCAUGAGGGAGGAAGCGGUAGGCGGCGGCAGGGGGAUGGGGAGGGCGAGACACGGGAGGACGCGGGGAGAGAGGGGAUUGGGAGAGUGGGGAGGAGGGGGAGGAGGGAUGAUAUGGUUGGGAAGGAAAUGAGAAGGAAACAGAUUCGGGUGACAAACCUUGAAGUGAAUAGAGCGGCGCACCCAGCCACAACCCCCUUCUCCCUCACCUUCCCCCCACCUUCUCCCCAACUUUCCUUUCCACCUUCCCUUCCACCCUUCCCCCCCCCCCCCAGCCCACCCGGCCAGCCCAUAACACUCGCCGGUGGUAACCACCUCUUCACCGGCGCCUGCGGCACGCGCUUCUCCUUCCCCGGGCGGCGGGAGGGGUCGUUUUGCGUGCUGUCUGCCGCCCGGCUGCAUGUGAACGCGCGGCUGCGCGGGUAUGAGGCAAUACGGCCGCCCCUGGCUGGGCUGGGGCCGGACGGCGGCAUGGGCAUGAGCAGAACGUGGAUCAAGGAACUGGGCGUGCUGUGGGCCGUGCCCAACCCCAAGGACCCUCGUCGCCCCACAGUGCAUCGCCUGCACCUUGUGGCGCGCAGCGGCAAGCUGCACCCCAAGCGCCGCCAGUCUGCCCCUCCUGCUGCCAGUAAGGGCAAGAAAGGCAGCGACGCCGCUGUGAACGGCACAGCGGAGCCGUUUCUGCUGCGCGUGGCGUAUAACAACAAGCAGCUGACUGUGCCGUUUGUGAUGGGGGAGGUGGUGGAGGGCGGGGGAGGGAGUGUGCUGGCGACAAACGGCAGUGGGUAUAGUGCGGGGGUGAGCAGUAGUAGUGGGUGGAUGGCUGAUGUGGGGGGGAGGGUGGAGGAUGGGAGAGGGAUCGGCAGCUGCGACGGCAAUGGGGAUAGGGAUGGGUGCAGUGGGUUUACUCUGCGGUUGGAGGAGGUGGAGAAAUUCGGGCAGUUUGCUGUGGAGCGGUACGAGCUGGCGGUUGCUGACGUGGCGAGGAUGAUCAUACGCGCACGCGUGGCACACCCGAUGCUACAGACGCCAACAGACUCGCAGGCACAUUUCAGCGUUGAGUUUCUAUUGGUGGAGGCUAGUCCAGGCAUGCAUGGGGUGCUGGGGCAAACUUACCAGCAGACGCCAGAGCGAGCGGCAAAGGUGGCAGAGGUGGUUGAGAGAGCGAGGCGGACUGGGCUUCCGGUGAUGACUGAUGAGGAGGCUGGGAAGGGGUUUUUGGAUGGGGAGGUGGGGGAUUAUGAGUCGAGCCACAUUGGGGCGCCCAAUUGUAAAUUCACGCGGUUCGGCAAGAAGUGA